GUAUGGAUUCGAUCCUGGAGAACCAGCGAAAACUACAUGAGGAACGCGAACGCACCAUUGAUACGAUAGUGAAGGAGAUCAUGAGCGAUAAGAAAACGCACAAAGCAAACAUCAAUUCGCAACAACGUCGAUACCAUGCAUGUACAGAAAGUCUGGAACGUAUGUACACUGACACUGAAGGCAUUCGUAAGCGUGAAGUGGAUGCUAUUGCUGGACCGAAUGAGUUCGCUGAGUUCUACGCUCGUUUGAAGCUUCUGAAAGAUGCACAUCGCAGGAACCCUGAUGAGCUUGCUGAACCUCUGUCAAUGGAGUUUCAAAAGAUGCACGAAGAAAUAGCGGAUCCUGAACGGGAAGAAACAGAUAUGGUCCAGUUUACAGAUGAGGAAGGCUAUGGAAGGUUCUUGGAUAUGCAUGCGUUGCAUGCUUUGUAUCUUAAUCUGAAAGCAGUCAAAAAAAUCGAUUACAUUACAUAUAUCGGACAGUUCGACAAAUUUAUAGAAAUCCCAAGGAAUACAACGAAGAAAACUGGAGCGUAUAAAGAAUACUUGCACGCUCUUAAACCUAAUAUUACUUAUAGCUCUCGGCUUUUCAUUCAGGAUUACCUUGUAUACUUUAUGGAACGCACUCGUCCCCUUCACAACUUUGCAGAAGAUUUCCAAAAGAGUGAUACGGAAGUCAAACGAAUGUUUUCUGAAGGAACGUUGCCUGGCUGGCCUCCGCUCACUACCCCACAGCAGGUAAAUUCUUGUGGUUCUUUCUUAUUUCUUAUGACUACGUUGUUCGACUUUACUAUUAUACAAGCCACAAUUGAUAUCUCUGCCUAUAGCAGUCCAUUUGAGUUAGAAAGUUUGGGCCUAGAUAGGCUUAAAGCGGCGCUGAUGACUUUGGGGUUGAAAUGUGGAGGUACCCUGAAGGAACGCGCUGAACGUCUCUUUGCUUCAAAGGGCGUGAGAGCUGGCGAAAUAGGAAGAGACGCCUUAGCUAAGAAAGCUGAUAAUUCGAAAGAGCAAACUAGAAUCCUAAGUUUAGCUAUGUUGGAAGGUCACAUAAAUAUGGGCAGUGUUCUAAGCGAGGAGAGGGAUGCAACGCGUGAAAAUGUGGAGAGGAAACAAGCAAGAACUGUUGGUGAAAAUGAAGAUGACGAUGAAGAACCUCAAGUUGAGAGUGAUGACGAAGAAGAUAGUGGUGUUCCGUACAAUCCAAAAAACCUUCCAUUAGGGUGGGACGGCAAGCCAAUUCCUUACUGGUUGUACAAGCUGCAUGGACUCAAUAUAUCGUACUCGUGUGAAAUAUGCGGAAACCAAGUGUAUAAGGGACCAAAGGCUUUUCAAAAACACUUCAACGAAUGGCGACAUUCUCAUGGAAUGCGUUGUCUUGGUAUUCCAAACACGGCUCAUUUCGCAAAUAUUACACAAAUUAAAGAUGCACUGGAUUUAUGGAAUAAAAUCAAAGGGGAAAAGGAGAGGCAGAAAUGGAAUCCUGAUCUGGAUGAGGAAUAUGAAGAUACAUCAGGAAAUGUAGUAAACAAGAAAAUGUAUGAGGAUCUCAAAAGACAGGGACUUUUGUAG